UUGGGGUUUCGUGUAAAUCACCCAGCCGUUCUGUCAUUCAUCAGCAAUAUCUCUCCACAGUGUUCUCCACCCAUGUGGCUUCAUGAACUAUUUCUCUAUGUUUGUGGAAGAAAUAUUCAAAUGAAUGUGCUUUUUCAGGAGUGGUGACACCAGAAUGUUUUAAAUCUGUUCAUUACCACAACAAGGAUAAACGCUAUUUCUGCCAAAGACUUUUGAUAACGGGUGCAGUAACGCAUCUCAGCACUUUCUGAAAUUAAAAGUCUGCCCUGAGAGAGUUCAUCUCAAUUAUCUGCAAAAGAUUUCACAAUGAAACAGAAAAAUCUCAGCGAGAACUGAAACGGAUGGGGAUUGAACUGCUUUGCCUGUUCUUUCUAUUUCUAGGAAGGAAUGAUCACGUACAAGGUGGCUGUGCCCUGGGAGGUGCAGAGACCUGUGAAGACUGCUUACUCAUUGGACCGCAGUGUGCCUGGUGUUCUCAGGAGAAUUUUACUCAUCUCUCUGGAGUUGGAGAAAGGUGUGACACCCCAGCAAAUCUUUUAGCUAAAGGAUGUCAACUAAACUUCAUCGAAAACCCUCUCUCCCAAGUAGAAAUACUUACAAAUAAGCCUCUCAGCAUAGGCAGACAGAAAAAUAGUUCCAGCAUCGUUCAGAUUGCACCUCAAAGCUUGACUCUUAAAUUGAGACCAGGCAGUGAACAGACUCUGCAAGUUCAAGUUCGCCAGACCGAGGACUACCCAGUGGAUUUGUAUUACCUCAUGGACCUCUCGGCCUCCAUGGAUGACGACCUCAACACGAUCAAAGAGCUGGGCUCCCUGCUCUCCAAGGAGAUGUCUAAAUUAACGAGCAACUUUAGACUGGGCUUUGGCUCUUUUGUGGAAAAACCCAUCUCCCCAUUUAUGAAAACAACACCAGAAGAAAUCGCCAACCCUUGCAGUAGUAUUCCAUACUUCUGCUUGCCUACCUUUGGAUUCAAGCACAUUUUGCCGUUGACAAAUGAUGCUGAAAGAUUCAAUGAAAUUGUGAAGAAUCAGAAAAUUUCUGCUAAUAUUGAUACUCCGGAAGGUGGAUUUGAUGCAAUCAUGCAAGCCGCUGUGUGUAAGGAAAAAAUUGGCUGGCGGAAUGACUCCCUCCAUCUCCUGGUCUUUGUGAGUGAUGCUGAUUCGCAUUUUGGAAUGGACAGCAAACUGGCGGGCAUUGUCAUUCCUAACGAUGGGCUCUGUCACUUGGACAGCAAGAAUGAAUACUCCAUGUCAACAGUCUUGGAAUAUCCAACCAUUGGACAACUCAUUGAUAAACUGGUACAAAAUAAUGUGUUACUGAUCUUUGCUGUAACUCAAGAACAAGUUCAUCUGUAUGAGAAUUAUGCAAAACUCAUUCCUGGAGCUACAGUAGGGGUACUUCAGAAGGACUCUGGGAACAUUCUCCAGCUGAUCAUCUCGGCUUAUGAAGAACUGCGGUCUGAGGUGGAGCUGGAAGUGUUAGGAGACACAGAAGGACUCAACCUGUCAUUUACAGCCAUCUGUAACAACGGGACUCCCUUCCCACACCAAAAGAAAUGCUCUCACAUGAAGGUGGGAGACACAGCUUCGUUCAACAUGACUGUGGGGAUACCAAACUGUGAGAAAAGAAGCAGGCAUGUUAUUGUAAAGCCCGUGGGGCUGGGGGACGCCCUAGAAAUCCUGGUCAGUCCAGAAUGCAGCUGCGACUGUCAGAAAGAAGUGGAGGUGAACAGCUCCAAAUGCAACCACGGCAACGGCUCCUUCCAGUGUGGGGUGUGUGCCUGCAACCCUGGCCACAUGGGUCCUCACUGCGAGUGCGGGGAGGACACGCUGAGCAUGGACUCCUGCAGGGAGGCCCCCGAACACCUCUCAUGCAGCGGGAGAGGCGAUUGCUACUGUGGGCAGUGCACCUGCCACUUGUCUCCUUAUGGAAACAUUUAUGGGCCUUACUGCCAAUGCGAUGAUUUCUCCUGCGUGAGACACAAGGGGCUGCUCUGCGGAGAUAAUGGUGACUGUGAGUGCGGCGAGUGCGUGUGCAGGAGCGGCUGGACAGGCGAGUACUGUAACUGCACCACCAGCACGGACCAGUGCGUCUCGGAGGAUGGGGUGCUCUGCAGCGGUCGAGGGGACUGUGUGUGCGGCAAGUGCAUUUGCACGAACCCUGGAGCCUCAGGACUCACCUGUGAACGCUGUCCCACCUGUGGCGAUCCCUGUAACUCUAAACGGAGCUGCAUUGAAUGCCACUUGUCUGCUGAUGGCCAGGCCCGAGAAGACUGUGUUGACAAAUGCAAACUAGCUGGUGCGACCAUCAGUGAAGAAGAAGAUUUCUCAAAGGAUAGUGCUGUUUCCUGUUCUCUGCAAGGAGAAAAUGACUGUCUUAUUACAUUCCUAAUAACUACAGAUAACGAAGGGAAAACCAUCAUUCACAGCAUCAGCGAGAAAGACUGCCCAAAACCUCCCAAUAUUCCCAUGAUCAUGUUGGGGGUUUCACUGGCUAUUCUUCUCAUUGGGGUUGUCCUACUGUGUAUUUGGAAGCUGCUGGUGUCAUUUCACGAUCGGAAAGAAGUUGCCAAAUUUGAAGCAGAACGGUCAAAGGCCAAGUGGCAAACGGGAACCAAUCCACUGUACAGAGGCUCUACCAGCACCUUUAAAAAUGUAACCUACAAACACAGGGAAAAACAAAAGGUGGACCUUUCCACGGAUGGAUAGAACUGCUUUACUCACG